GUUUAAACAAAAAAUAAUAAUCAUAUUUUACAAAUUCAUUGUAAAAAUCGAUUAUAUUAUAUUGAAAUUGAUUCAAACAAAUCGGAUUAAAUAAUGAGCAAACAGUCGACCCUUUUCUUUGGUGCGGCAGUUGUUGAUCUCAUAACUUAUACUCAACGAUUUCCAGCUCCAGGAGAGACAGUAAGUGGUAAAGGGUUUCAUAAAGGAUGCGGUGGAAAGGCGUCCAAUGCCUGUGUUAUGAGUGCCAAACUGGGACUAUCAGCUUCAAUGCUUGCAAAGAUUGGAGACGAUAUAUUUGGACGCGAACUUCUCGAUAAUUAUAAAAGAUUUAACAUUAAUAUCGACAAUGUUUUACUAACUAAAGACAUAUUUACCGCAACGGCUGCUAUUUGUGUUGCAGACAGUGGUCAAAACACUAUAGUAUAUGUCCCUGGUCCUACCAAUCAGUUAACACCUGAUGAGAUCAUUGCCAUUGAGGAUCAAUUGUUCAACAAUUGUCAACUAUUUAUGGCCACAUUUGAAUGUCUUCCCGAAACAUUGUUAACAUUACUGAAAAUUGCUCGCAAAAAAGGAGUGAGAACCCUAGUCAAUGGUGCGCCUCCUUUUCCCAACAAUCCAUUGCCAGAAAUGUAUCAAUUAUUUGACACAUUUUGUGUCAAUGAAACCGAAGCCAUGAUAAUGACUGGUAUUAACAUUGAGAGUGUAGAUGACGGAAGAAAAUCAUGUCGUGAACUAUUAAAGCUUGGAUGCGGUGCUGUCAUACUGACUAUGGGAACUAACGGUGCCAUUUACAUGGACACCAAUAGUGAUAUAUAUGUGCCCAUUCAGGAAAAGGUGACGCCAGUGGAUACUACAGGAGCGGGAGAUGCAUUUAUGGGAGCAUUGGCUUACUAUAUGGUAUGCCAUCCAUCACUUGGCAUUGAGGAGCAAAUGAAACGGUCGUGUUUUAUAGCGACCCGAUCGGUAUUAAAGACGGGGACACAAACCAGUUAUCCAGAUAAACAUGAAUUGCCUCGUAAUCUAUUUAUGUGA